CCACCACGUCGUCCAUGCCCUGCGGCGGGGAAGGAGGGAGGGUUUAGGGACAGCGGCCGUUCCCCGGACGCGUAUUCAGGUUGUACACGGGGAGCUGAGAGCGGAACCUUUCUCCUCCGCCUCGCUGUCGCUGUCACCCGGGCCCAGUUGGUGCCGGACGCGGUAGCGGAGGGUUGUAAACAUGGAGACCGCGGGCCCGGGGGCUGGAGAACGGUCCUCGGGGCUGGAGGCUCCGGGGUCCGCCGACGACCGGCUUUUCCUGGUUAAAGGUGGAAUUUUCCUUGGUACUGUUGCUGCAGCGGGAAUGCUAGCUGGAUUUGUUACAACAUUAUCACUGGCUAAAAAGAGAAGCCCUGAAUGGUUCAAUAAGGGAAGCGUGGCCACCGCUGCUCUUCCAGAGAGCGGGUCUUCCCUGGCCUUGCGAGCCCUGGGAUGGGGCUCCCUGUACGCGUGGUGUGGGGUUGGUGUGAUCAGCUUUGCAGUCUGGAAAGCGUUAGGCGUUCACAGCAUGAAAGACUUUCGAAGUAAAAUGCAAUCAAUAUUUCCAGCAAUUCCCAAGAAGCCUGAACCUGCUGUUGAGUGGGAGGAAGUAUUGAAAUCCAAAUGAGAUGAGCAUGGUGGAUGAAUUCCAAAAGGAUUGUUCCAGAAAGGGUGGCUUUGGAGAAGCCCAACAGCAAAGGGACACAUUGAUUUCUCCUCAGGAAGAUGUGCAGAUUGUUGUCUGAACCCACAGGAUGGGUGACGUUCAGUGUCUUCACCGGUGGCCAACCAUCUUUUUGUGUGCUUUAUUUUGAAAUGCACGUGGGCGCGCGCGUGCGGUGUUGGGGGAAGGGUAAAGUUUUCCCAAAGUUAGGAAGACUGUUUAAAAAUAAUUAUAUGGAUAACUUCUCUGUGUGGAGGAGAUCCCCAGGGAGAUACUUCUGUUUAUGAUUAAAACCAAGUUUUAUACCUGAAAAAAUUUAUAAUACCCUACAAUGGAAAAUCUUUAUAAACAGACUCCUAACAGCAGCAGUACCUCAGUGUGUCUAAAUUAAAUGAAUUUCAGCAGCCUUUCUUGUCAGUAUGUGACUGUCAGAACCUGAGAGACUUGCUCCUAUGAGGCCGACUCCAAAGUGACAGGCCAGUGGGCAAAUCCCGUACAUCAGACGUCGGGUGCGGCUCUGCUGCCUUUGAUUUCCACGUGCCAGUUAGCUACCUGAUAACCUCGCCUUCAGGUCCUGCAAAUUCUUAGACUAGAAGCCAGUAACAGAUUAUGAUAACUUGAAAAGGUAUAGUUAUGCUAAAAUAAGAAUCAUGGAUAUAACAUGUACUAUUUUGAGAAAUUGCUUCUGGGUCCCUAAACAGUGACUGACAGUUUGUAGUUUUGUCUGUUGUCAACAUACAAAUAGCCCUGUUGUCACCUAUGUUAACACAUAUUUUUUAACCAGGAAGUUACUUGAGUACUGUCUCAAUAUUACGUAUUUAGUACCGCCUUGCUGAUGAAACUGCUACUGGUAAAUCCUUAGAUACACACCCAAACCUAUCCUGUCCUCCAUGAGCUCUUACAGAAAACACAGAAUAAUGUCUACAUGCAAUUAUUUUUACUGAGACUUAAAAUUUUUCAAGAAAAAUACCUUAAUAUGUUAGUGUGUUCAGAAAAAUAACCUCUCAUUGAAUAUCAAUUGUGCAAUUUCUUUGUAAUUGCUUAGGCCCUAAUUAGCAAUCAGGCUUAAUAAAGUUUAUUUGAAAUUACUCUAUUAUAAUGAAA